UCCAAAAAGCUUCACCCAAAACCCUAAACUCAUCACCCUCCAUCAAGGGUAGCUCGCUCACUCACCUCACCUCCUCCAUCUCCGCUCGCCACGACAUGUCCAUCUUGGCGCCCCUACGACGCCAAACAAACCUACACGCACUCUCCAGAGGUCCUCACCAUCUCCAACCCACCACCACACGGACCUUCGCCGCAACAUCCCGCACAAUGCUCCACCCCUCCACCCUCUCCAUCUCCCCCGGCUCCGACUCAGAAACCGUCCUCCGCGACACCUCCACCCUCAUCGAGUCCGGAAAAUGGAAAUUGUGCAAUUCGGGAAAAGGUCUCGAACGAACCUUUAAAUUCAAAACUUUCAAUAAAACUUGGGAAUUCAUGAAUCAAAUAGCAGCCGAAUGCAAAAAGACUCGCCACCAUCCGGAGUGGAGCAACGUGUACAACAAGACGCACAUUCGCUGGACGACGCAUAGUCCCGAGGGGUUGUCGGGGAAGGAUACGUAUAUGGCCGAGUUUUGUGAUGGGGUAGCGAGGGAGUGUGGGGAGGUGGAGGUGGAAAGUGAGACUGGGGAAGGGAGUGGUGGGGAGGUGAGGGUUGAGGCGGGGGAUUGUUGUGGGAAGAAGGUGGAGGGGCGAUGA